CCUAUCCAAUUCCAAAUCCAAAAGCCCCUCCUCUGUUUUCUCUGUAGCGAUGCAGCUCUUCUCAAAGUCACUUACUUCCACUGAUGUCCGCAAGAGAUUAGCCAUCCCCACUAAAAUUGUGACCUUCUUGUUACCCAACGGAGGCGACCACGUGGUGGAAUUGCACGUCCGGCAUGGAACCACAGUGUGGCCAAUUUUGUGCACAACUCGCAAAAAAGGGCAUAAAAAACCUGUAUUUUCCAGAGGGUGGAAACACUUUGCUCUUAAAAACAAACUAAAAGAGGGCGACGUUGUGACACUUUACAAGGAGGAAGAUGAAGCAGGGUUUUUGGAUUACAAGAUCGAAGUGAAGAGAGCAGAUAAGCCAUCUCUUAAGCAUUCCUGUGCCACCGUCGGCGAUUUACCGUCAGGUAACUCCGGCGAAGCUACUUGUAAAUCACAUCGCAGGUUUGAAGAUAGUGUAGCCAAGCGAUUCGGUGUUGCAGAUGAGAAAGUAGAAAAACGCUCUCUCAAGGCAUUUGGGGUUCAUGUCUUUGAGAAUCGCCCACCGGCGGACACCUUCUCCUAUGAAGCGACCGCCAGAAAAACAGAGAUUACGGCCAGGGAGGAGAAAGAAUACUACAAGAAUUCUGAAGGGCUCAGUCUAGAUUUGACUCUUGCGCCGCCCACAGUAAUUGGCCCAAGAUAAAUUCUGUAGCUCAUGGCCGCCAUAGCCCAAUCAAAAACAGUAUCAGUCGGUUUUGGUUACAGCCAUAUUAUAGUUUGGUAAAUGCUUGAUCAUAUUCAUGCUUAAUUUGAUGUAUAUUAUAGUGUAUUUAGUUUGAAGAGGAGAAAAAAUUUAUUAAUUAAAU